AUGUCGGAGAGCAUGUGUAUUUUUUCUUUCGCGAAAUUGCUAUCGAAAGCGGAAGCCCAGAACGACAGGUUUAUAGUCGAGUGGCAAGAGUAUGUAAGAAGGACGUCGGUGGUCGCGUGGUCUUUGCGUCAAGUGUGGACAUCGUUUUUGAAAGCUCGUCUGAAUUGUUCCAUCUCAGCACAGUAUCCAUACUACUUUGAUCGUAUACAAGCCGUCACACGUGUCGAGACCUCUGAUGACACGCUUUUCUAUGCCACAAUGAGCACUUCCGAGACGGCAUUCGUCACGUCAGCGAUCUGCGUGUUCUCAUUCAAAAGUAUCAAUCAGCUGUUUCAUCAUGGAUUUUUCGUCGAUCCAAAUAGCCCCAAUUGGCUUCCAUUACCCGCUGACGCUGUGCCAGAGCAUCGGCCUGGAACGUGUGUCGCUAAUUCACACUCGUUGUCCGACUCCGACUUACAUUUCGCAAAAUCUCACCUCCUAAUGGCUGAACCUGUGUCAGGUGGAACGCCAAUGUUGGCUACACGCGACGUCAUCUUUACGCAUAUUGCCGUCGACGUACGUAGCGAACAGAACGUGAUUUUCGCACUGGAUGGCAGAUCGAACACACUUUGGAAGGUGUCUCACUGGCGUGAAGGUAACGCAUGGAAAUGGCUAGAGUUGGAAAGGAGAGAGAUUGGAGUUGGAGGACGAUCAAGGCCAUGGCGCUCCUGA